UGUGUAAUUUUUGGUUACAGAUGACAGUGCUGAUUUUAAAGGAAAUUGGCAGUCUGAUUUCUCCUCUGGUGUGGGGUGCGAUGUCAUGGAAGAAGAUGCCAUAAAUGAAAGGUGUUGUAUCGAAGUGCUGAAAAAAUUGAUACCUAAGGCUGAUGCCGAGAUAAAGGAACUUGAGGAAGAAAUUAUAUUUCUUCAGGCCCAAGUGGCUUUGGAAGAUGAUGCUUGGGCUAAGAUAUGCUUUGAUACUUUGACAGAGAGGACCAAGGCGCUAGAUAUCUCGAUUCAGAGAUUGAAGAAUGAAAAAGUGCAACAGCAACAAGGACAGGCGUCUAGUUCCCAAACACAUGGAGAUCCUGCUCAGAAUGAAAAACAACAAACAGAAAAUGAACUAAACUUUUGUUUCCAAACAGAUGGAGAUCCUGCUCAGAAUAAAAAACAACAAACAGAAGAUGAAUUGGAUGUUUGUUUUCAAACAGAUGGAGAUGCUGCGAAAAUUGAAAGCCCACAAACAGAGAAGGACCUUGAUUCUCACAUCCAAACAUGUAAGGAACCUUCUCAGAACCAAAAAAUACAAUUGGAACAUGAGAUGCGUGUUCUUUGCCAAACACAUCUAGAACCUGCUCAGAUUGAAAACCUGCAAGCGGAACAUGAGAGGGAUUUUAAUUUCCAAACAAAUGGAGAUCCUGGUCAGGAUGAAACACUACAAAUGGAACAUGAAAUGGGUGUCCCUCACCAUAAACAUGGAGAACCUGCUCCGAAACUGAGUGAAAUACUAAAAGCUCUUCUGGAAAAGUACUACUUUCCAAACAGAGAUAAGCAGUCCACAGAUGAGACCGGCUUGAGCAAUGCUGAAGCAAUAGCCUGUGUUGCUAAAUCCUUGGAAGAGAUUGCUGAACCUUUUAAUCCGGAAGUUUCAGAGGAUGCGGAAGAGAAAGACCAGGUAAAGACAACCUCUUUGCAUUAUUUUGCAGUUCCUAGCAUGGCUGCCCUGCGAAAUCUGUCAAGUGCUAGAUUUGAAUUCGCAAUUCUAACUUGUGACUCGUGUAGACUACAAGAUUUCCUUUCUCUUUGUUACAUUUUCAUAUUGGUUUUCUUCAAACAAUGA